AUGUCAUUGGACGUCAAUCCCUCGGCACUUUCCUCUCCGCCGCUGCUUCCUUACAAUGUUAAGGUUAAGGAGGUCUUCGUUUCUUUGAUGGAUGGGCAUUGCCUAAUUAAUGAAGUGAAUAAAGCUCAAGAUGUAUUCAAUGUUAUGGCUCGGAGGGGAGUGACUCCUAAUAUUAAAAUGGUGGACGAAGCCUUGAAUCUCCUUGCAGAAAUGGAUUGCAAAAAGAUUACUCCUAAUACAGUUACCUACUGUUCUCUUAUUGAUGGUUUGUGCAAAACAGGGAGAGUCUCUCAUGCUUGGGAGCUCUUGGAUGAGAUGCAUGUUAAAGGUCAACCAGCUGAUAUAAUCACUUACAAUUCUUUAGUAGAUGGUAUUCAGCCGAAUGCAUGGACGUACAAUAUACUUCUGGAUGGACUGUGCGAAGGUGGAAGAUUCAAGGAUGCACAAGAGAUUUUUAAGGAUCUUUUGAUUAAAAGAUAUCAUUUAAGUGUCCUGACAUAUAAUGUUAUGAUCAAAGGGCUUUGUAAAGAAGGCUUGUUUGAUGAAGCGCUGACUUUACUGUCAAAAAUGGAAGAUGAGGGUUGUAUUCCUGAUGCUAUAACUUUUGAAACAAUUAUUCGUUCACUCUUUGAAAAAUGUGAGAAUGACAAGGCUGAGAAACUUCUUCAUGAAAUGAUUGCUAGAGGUCUCCUGUAA